CUUGAAUCAAUUACUUAUAAUAUUUAUAAACAUGCUGAGCUUAGUCCAUACUAAAACACUAGAUGCCUUAGAAUAUGCCCUGAUGAUAAUCGAGCACUACGAUCAGGGGUUCAAGGACAAACUCAAGAAGGAUGCCAAGGAAGAAGGCAAGAAGGGCGACCAAGGGAAAUCUGCUGAUUUCGAAGCAAGAUUUAGUGACGUCAAAACCUCAUAUCAAGCAUUAUUUGCAUUACAAAAAGAUAGGGCGACCCAUUUCGUCACCAAAAGUGCUAUCUACAAAUGUGCUGACAAGAAGAUAGACUUUGGAAAGAGAUACACUGAAACUGUCGAGUUAGGUGAAAAUAUCUGAAAGACCUUGAACACCAAAAUUGUGAUCCCUUUGUGUGACAAUGUAGUCUUCAUUUAUGAUACAUCGUGACUUAGUGCGUCAAUCGUUGUAGAGAAUAUCAAGAAUAACUUCAUCUCUCAAGCUAUAGCUCAGAGAUUUUCCAGCGCGAGGGUCACUCUUAGCCAGAAUUGGAUGAAGCUGGAUUUUGACCAGGAUGGAAAAGUAACCAUGACCGAUAUUGUAGCUGCCAUAAAUAGUAUUAAGGAACUUGCAGCUCAAUGCCAAUAUUUCCAAAAUGCAUUAAAACUCCAUCAAAGUGUCAGACAGAAAGCACUUGGUUACAUUCAGAACGGGAAAUCGGCAGAGAGCAAGGAGGUUGAGAAGAGACUUACCUCAGAUUCCUCCCGCAACUCUAAUGAGAGUCAUGAGGAGCCAAACUUGCUCGAUAAGGUUGAUUAGAGUUUCUUCGAUGACGUCAAACAUUUAUAUUGU